UCAAUUUUACAAAUAACGACAGAGAAACGCCGGCUGUGGGCUAUGUUUAGAUUUUUAUGGAAUUAUUAAAAUAACCGAUUGCGUAAUUGUAUUCUGUGAAUAGCACACGCUACCCUUUAUACAUUAUUAAGUAAGAAUUAAUACCAUGCAUCCAGCUGUCUUAAAACAUACUCUUCAAGAUAAUGAAUAUUACAGAGCCUUAUUCGAUUUAUCUGCAGAAGUUAUCCGUCAAUCUGGCUUGCUUUUAGACGAAGAUUUGGAAGUUCUGGUUAAUCAAUACCACAGUGAUAGAUUGCAUCAAUUUCCAAACUAUAAACCAUCUCUUUUACUAAAGUCAAGUCUAGCAAGUCUAAUUGGAACUUCAUUAUUAGCAGCGAAGUAUUCAAAAUGGAUUGUUAUACCUCCAAUUUUAUUUACGACAGUGUCGGCUGUUUUAGAAAUAAAAAACACGCAAACAAAGAAAAAACAAAAAGUGGUUGUGGAAAAUAUUGUGAACGUUUCUAAAAAAAUUAAUUCAUUGUACAGUUCAAUUAGAAAAUACAUGAAAACUAGAUCAGAAAUUGAAAACAAAAGUCAAAGAGAUUUUUUUAAAAGUUAUAAUAGAAAUAUAGAAGAUUUUAUAAGAAAAAACUAUGUUAACGAAAUAAAUUUUUUUAAUAGUAUUAUGGCGAAUCUAGAAUUUUUUGUAACACACUCCAACAAUUUGACAGAUGAUUAUAAUGCAAUCAAAGAUUUCAAACCUUUUCAGGAUGAUUUCCCAAAAGUUGAUACUAUGAUUACCUGCAUACAGUUUUUAUCACAAAUACAAGACAUUCACAUAUGGUUAACAUCGAAAAUGCUAAGCUACAUUGGUAUAAUAUUUUCACCAAAUGCAACGUUUACUGAAAAGGAGGCUGAUAUUCUUUUGGAUAAUAUUCUUCCAAAUCUUUUAAAUAUUUUAACUAAACAUUACGAUAAUACCAAGAAAUGUUUUUAUUCUUUAAGAAACUUAGUAGCAAAGUUAAGCGAACACAGAUCAAAAACGGCCAAUCCACAAAUUUCGAACAAACUUCAAAAAACGUUGUUAUCAGCUGUUGAUAAUAUAUCCAUAAUUUCAGAAAAAUCAUUCAGGAUUUUUGAAGAAAUUGAAAAUUCUACUGACAAAUUUACUCCGGAAUUGGAAUCUGCUCUUUUAGAUCUAAGAAACCAUACCUACGCUGCAUAUGAUUCUUUGGAUCUACUUUGUAAAUUGUAUGGAAUAUUAUCAUCGCAAAAUUUGCCUAAUAAUCAAACUAACAUUGUCACUAAAUAUUCGAAAAAAACAAAUGAUGAUAAUCUCGUUACUGUACACCAUGAUGACGACAUUCAAGCGAAAGAAGAAAAUUACGAACUUUAUUUAGAUAAAGAUUUCGUUCCUCAAAAUGAACCACAAUCGUACGUAGACGACUCUGGUGCGUACUUAAGUUUGAUGUUAAAAGAAUUGCGGCAAUCUUUAAAAAAACAUGAACGAUUUAUAGAAGCUAAAAUGAGAAGAGGCAGCGUGGAAGAAGAAAAAACCGAACAAGAGGACAUACACUUACCUCAAUUUGAUUUAAAGGCAUUAGAAGCCAGUGACAAUUCUGUUAAUGUACCUCAAUUAGCAAGUAUUCUAUCUCACCUAGAAGAUAAUUUAUCUCCUAUUGCAACUAAAUUGCUUCCACUACCACCUAUUCCCCCUUCUAUCCCCCCUCCUCCACCACCUAUGCCAGAGGAUUUAAAAAAGUUUAAUUUAAAAUUGUUGGAAGAAGAAAGUGAUUCAAGACAGAACUCUAAGACGUUGUGUGAUAGUAUUAAAACGUUAUCGAGUCAACUGAAUAGGCAUGAAGAAGUCUUUGGAGAAUCUGGUGAUGAAGACGACUGAAUA